AUGUCAGCGACAGCAACCUUUACUUCGCAGGCAGUAGCCGAGUGGGUAAAAAUCUUCCCUCGUCAAGUAACAGAGACUUACACGAGUUCAGUCACUUUUAUGAAGCAACUGACUGUAGUAGCUGUUAGCACGAUAACAUAUAUGAAGAAUGUUUUCCCCGAAGAUAGUUACACGGUUGAGAACUUUAGCGGUAUUCGGCUAAGGAUAUUAAAGAAGAAACCUAACCACGACCUAGCUCAGUUCGUUAGUACAGCAAUGUCGCAAGCUUUUGAGGCAUUUGAUAAAAAAUAUCUUCACCAAAUGGUUCUAUGUUUCUAUGAUGGUGAAUGCAAAAUUGAUAAUCUCGUCGAAUAUCACAUUUUUGAAUAUAACUACAAUUCUGAUGGGGUAACUAUGAACGUUCAUUCAAAGGGAAGGGGUAAGAACCAACAGUCGACGCGAUAUUCCUUUGACAAUGUUAGAGAGAGGACAGUGCUUAUGAUCAGGGCAUGUGUGGUGAUCAUGCAAUCCUGCCAGGAUGAGCUUCCUGAAUCCUAUGACGUCAGUUUACGGUUGUAUUACAAUGAAGAUGCCCCUGAAGGCUACCAAGCCCCAGGUUUUCUAAGCACAGAAGAAAAUCAGGACCACUUAGAGCCGACCCUCCCUGAAAGUGUGAAGUUAGGGUAUGUGGAGACUCCGUUCCACAAGUUGACCACUCGUUGUUACAUCAGGUCGAGCAUCGGAUCUAGUCAUGAAGCUAUAGAUGCUUCCAUUCCAGAAGAUCUUAAAAUACUUCAAUAUUUUCAGCCAUCACAAAAUGUGCCAGUUAUUUCCCAAGAGGACCGCUACGAUUUUGAUGGCUCAGCUCUGAAGAGCAUUUCCGACUCCACAGACACGCGCAUUUUGUGUGCGUGCAACAAGUUCGAUACCGACGAUGACACACACGGACUACUUACGUGCCAGUACUGCAAUACGCAACAGCACGCGGCUUGCUACGGGAUAACCCGUGAGAGUGCUGGGCUCGUAAAACAACACUGUUGUACGGAGUGUUCCGAUGCGGACCCGACCCGGGAGCCCACCGACCAGAGACUCGCCGCGCUCGGGGUACACAAAAGGGAGUGCCUGUGCAUCUUCCGUCGCGCGCUGGAGUGGUGCGGCGCGGGCGGCGCGCUGUCGGCCGCGCGCGUCGCCGACAAGUUCCAGCUCUCAGAGCUCAACGCCUCCAAGCUCAUGAAGCUGCUGCACUCGCACGCCAUCCUACAGCUUCAUGAGCCCACCGAUGUAACAGCUCCGCACCAAAUAGUCCCAGACCGACUUAAACAAGUCAUGUCCAAAUAUUUCCAAGCUGAAGAGCCAAACAUCGUGGAUCGUUUAAUUGCCGAGACCUUAUCCCAAAGCAGCCAACACGACCCUGUGGGCGAAGUCCUAAGCCCUAUGGAGAAGAUAAGCCUCCAAAAUGCUACCACGUUAGGCAAAAUUGUGGAGCCUGAACCAGAGGCGGUUCAGGUAGUCCAAGAUGAAACACUGCAGGAGUACAGAGAUGUAAUAAUGGCCAACGUUGAGAAGGAAACUGGCCUCCCCUUAAGUGGCAGUCACAACCCUGUUAAUGUGGAAGAAAUUGGUAAAAAAGCUGAAAAAAGGAAGUCAGAUGGAUCCAGGCGAACGGGAGUCAGAACUAAAAGAGCAAGAGCCAAUAAAGAUUAUUUAUAUUUUUAA